AUGUCUACAAGAAAAGGCCCAUUCCGACUAGUCACCGUCAACACAGCGCCAGAGCGCGCAAAACGCCUCAUCGGACGCUUAAUCACCGAGCUGCAAGAUGACUACGAGAUCAUCCACGUGGACAACUGUUCAAGCAUCGAUGAGGUUGUUCCGAAAGUAACGGAGCACAAGCCGAAUGUAUUGUUCUCGGCUUCUAUGUGGUCUGCGGAAGAGGCGGAGCAGAUUCACUCGUUGGCAAAGUCUAUUGUGCCUGAUAUUAAACUUCAUGCUAUUCCUACGGGUCUACAGGUUGAGAGGGGACCGGAUGCUAUUGUUGAGUACCUCGUUGAGAAGGUCCCUCCUUUGCUGGAUAGCUAG